AUGAGUCAUUUAACAAAUGCAUCUGAUUCCCAAGUAAAUGGAUUGAAUUCUGAAGCUGAAAACUUCUUUAGUUUGCUUAGAGAUGCCGACCAAAAUUUGUGGCCAGGAUGCGAAUUGACAAAGCUUUCUUUAAUUGUGCUUUUAUUUCAUACAAAAUGCACUAACAAAUGGAGUAAUAAAUCAUUUAAUGAUUUAUUGGGAAUAUUACAACUUGCAAUCCCUAAUGGAAAAUGCUUGCCAAAAACAUUCGUCGAGGCCAAAAAAGUUAUAAAAACUUUAGGGCUUGGAUAUGAAAAAAUUCAUGCUUGUCAGAACAAUUGUCAAUUGUAUUGGAAAGAUAAGGCCAAUGAUGAUAAUUGCUCUAUUUGUGGGGCUUCUCGGUGGAGAAUGAUUAGGGGCCAUUCUAGUUCAACAAGAAGAAAGAAAAAAGGAAUUCCGGCAAAAGUUUUACGCUAUUUCCCUUUAAAGCCUAGACUUAAACGAUUGUUUAUGUCUAAGCAGGCAGCAACGUUAAUGAGAUGGCAUGAAGAAGAACGAAUAAAGGAUGGAGCGUUGAGACAUCCGACCGACUCUGAAGCAUGGAAAAGUUUUGACUCCAAACAUCCUGACUUUUCUUUAGACUCUCGUAACGUUAGAUUUGGAUUAGCUAGUGAUGGAUUUAAUCCUUUCGGAAUGUUGAGCUCUACCUAUAGUGGCUGGCCUAUUAUUCUAAUACCAUAUAAUUUACCUCCUUGGCUUUGUAUGAAAGAAUCUUCUUUCAUUCUUUCGUUACUUAUACUUGGGCCAAGCGGACCGGAAAAUCAGAUUGAUGUGUACUUACAACCUCUUAUUGAUGAGUUGAAGGAGCUUUGGGAAGUUGGCAUAGACACGUAUGAUGCUUCUCGUGACGGAUCUUUCAUGUUAAAAGCAGCAUUAAUGUGGACUAUCAAUGAUUUUCUGGCAUAUGGAAUUUUGUCAGGGUGGAAUGUUCAUGGUGGGUUUGCUUGUCCUUGUUGUAAUGUAGAGACUUGUUCACGACGUCUAAAAUAUGGUCGGAAGUAUUGUUUUAUGGGACAUCGUCGUUUUCUAGAGCCAAAUCAUAAAUUUCGUUAUGACAAAGUCUCUUUUGAUGGAACUGAAGAGUUUCGAACAACACAAAGCAGACCUUCUGGGACUACGGUGUUGGAUCAAUUGGAAGAAAUUAAUAAUUUUGAAAACUCACAAACUUGGAAAAAGAAGAGCAUAUUUUUCACAUUGCCUUACUGGAAAUCUAAUUUAUUGCGACAUAAUCUAGAUGUAAUGCAUAUAGAAAAGAAUGUUUUUGAAAAUGUGUAUGGAACAUUAGCAAAUAUCGAAGGAAAGUCGAAGGAUAAUCUAAGUGCUCGUCUAGACUUACAAGAUUUGAAUAUAAGGGCUGAACUUCAUCCAGAAAAUAGGGGUUCAAACAGAUUGUAUCUUCCUCCUGCUUGUUAUGCACUGUCUAGAGAUGAGAAGAAAAUAUUUUAUACGUUUUUGAAAAGCAUUAAAGUUCCUGAUGGUUAUGCUGGAAAUAUCUCAAGAAGUGUAAAUGUCACAAAAGGUAAAAUGUUUGGACUCAAAAGUCAUGACUGUCAUAUACUAAUGCAACAACUACUUCCAAUUUCGUUACGAGGACUUCUCUCAAAGAAUGUGACAGCUCCUUUAUUUGAUUUAUGUGGCUAUAUUUAG